AUGUCAUGGAAUUCGGGGGUGGUCGUGCCAAAUCGCGGCUCUAAUCGAUCUCCUGGAGUGGAGAUUCCCCCGCCAACGCUCUCCACUCCGGCCGAGACAUUCCAAAAGCAACCGGCACCCCGGGAUUCACUGAAGUGCAAUGGGAGGCCGUCCAAAGAGAGAAUCAAGCAAAUGAAGAGAGAGAAGAAGAAGGAGGAAGCAGAAAAGGCCAAAGCUACUGUCGCCAUCGAAAGCUGGUUGAAACGGAUAGGGCAGCCCGACCUCAAGAAUGUCGACAACGAUCGAUACAAGAUAGCGUCGUCCAAAAAGAUCGACGAGCCGGAGGCGAACAACGAGAAUCGAGACAAGCCUGGAAAGGAAGUGCGCAAAUCGACAGAACAAUGUGAUGCUGCCCAGAAGUCCAAGAUUGAACAGCCUAUCUCCAGGAUUGAACGGCCUGUCUCCCCUCCGAAAUGUACUCAAAUCACC